AUGAUUGUGAUACACUUGAGGAAUUUUUGUUUUAUUUGUUGUGUCAAUUUGUUAGAUACUGGUGCUGGAAAUAAUUGGUCUUAUGAGGAAAUCGGAACCGGCGAAGUUUACAAUAGAUCUGAAGGACUAGCUAUUGCUUCAUUGGAUACGUUUAAAUCUGGCAUUUUCUAUAGUCAAGAAAAUCAUCAAUUUAAUGCAGAGUUAUUAAAGCUUAACAGUAUACUUCUUCGUAUAUUAACAACAAUAAAUAUAAAAUUGAAAGGCGUCCAAACUGGUCAUAGUUUGUUAAAACGUAAAACAGAAGUGACUUAUAUUGCUGGCGACAUUAGUUAUCAGGUUCAAGAGAGUGCUAAGAAUGCUCAAUUACGUAUUCGUAUCAAACAAGAAAUGUUUUUGUUACCCAUUUUUGAAAAUUAUAUGGAAGGAGGAAAUGAGAUGGCCAACAAGUUCAUUACCACAUUUGUGAUCUUGGAUGGAGUUAUUAAAGUAAUCAACCGUCGUGUUAAUGCUAUAGAGCAUGUUAUUAUACCUAGAUUAGAAAAUGCAAUCAGAUAUAAUUCUGAAUUAGAUGAAAAAGAUCUCGAAGAAGGAAGAAAAGUGUUUUCACUUUUAGAAAAUGCCGGCCUAUAG